AUGGCGGUCCCAUCAAUCAGCGAAGAAAGAAGAGCGGCCAUUGCAGAUAUCAUCAAGCUUCGAGAACAAUUCAUCAAGGAGAGGCUCAUUUUCGUGGAAAGCAGCCGCAUUAUCCCAAUCCUCAAGCUGCUUGGAGCUACCGAUGAGGACAUGGAGAAGAUAAAAGCUGUUAGCGAUCAUCUGGUUGAUGAUCCUACUCUCCCCUUCCGUAAAACUAAGGGCGCCCGGUUCUGUUUCGACUUUGAACAGUCCAAGGUGCGCCGCCUCGAGCCUCAGCCCUACGUCCUGACAGCCGAGGAGGACUUUGUUAGGUUUGACUCAGGCCGGAUCAGGAGCUUCGCAGAGGUCGAAGAUGACCUCCAGGGCAAUUCGACCCUGCAUGCCUUAUUAGUGUUCAAGGCACUCAUGUUCCAAGGACUCACGUUUAAAAGGCGCCCAAAGCUCAAUUACGAGGCCGAGAACUUCGUGUGUACCCUAUUCAAUGUGCGAGUCACCACCAACCAAGACAUACUUGGCGAACCGGCUCUCGAGGGUGUGCAUAGUGAUGGAGUGGACUUCACUAUGACGACUUUUCUGGGCGGUGAGAACAUGACCAGCGACAGCGCAACGACAUUUGUUCAUGACAUGCGCGCAAAGAACGCUCUUCGCUGGAAUGAGGUCAAUCCCGAACACACCUUAGGGAGGCAUCAGCACCGUGAGUUCUUGGAUACACUCCUCUUUGUCGACCAUGAACGGAAGCAUAGUCUCUCACCAGUCCAAGCCCUCGACCCAAACCAACCAGCUACCCGAGAUAUGCUCAUUUUUUUCACUCGAAAGCCAGUGGUUGAGGGUCACGUCUCGUACCCCUUCGAUUCAUUGAAGUCUCACCUCACCCGCCCCAUGGAGAUCGGUUUGGCCUAG